UAUAUAGUGAAAGUUUACCAACAUUUUUCAUGCCGGUGUUUCGAAGUAUUUUGUUUAUAAAAUGGCUUUGGUUUCUGAUCCUGAGACGCAGAAGGCCAUUGAAAAUGAACUAGAAAUUGUGAAGAAGACACUGAGCGAAAAAGUGGAGGGAUCUGAGAUUAUUUCUUGUCAUCCGGUUGCUGUCAAUGUUCGAAUCACGAGAACGAAAUUCAAGAAUGUAAUCGUCCUGCUUCAAUUUCCUGAGCAAUAUCCCAACAAUGGCAUUCUAGUAGAACUGAAAAGCAAAACUUUGCCCCCAAGGCUGUUGUCUAAAAUGAUGGAACUUUGUGAUCAGGAGGCUAAGAAAUUCUUGGGUAAGCCUCAGGUUAUCCCUAUGCUUAUAUUUGUGAGGAGAUUUCUUGAUGAGAAUCCUUUGAUUGCAUGCUCUGAUGAGCUGCAGUAUAUCAAGUCAAAGUUACUAUCAGAUAGUGAUGAACUGAAAAUAAAACAGAAAGCUGGAGUGCUCAACAUACAUAUAAAUCAAGACAAAUAUUAUCUGGAUGUGAAGAUAACUGUUCCUGAUGACUAUCACACUUCUGCUAUAAAGAUAGACCUGAAAGAUUCAAACUUUCCUGAGAAUUUGGUCAGAGUAUUUAUUGGUCAAGCUGUUGACAUGGCAAGAACAUGUGUUGAGGCACCAUUGCGACGUAAACCAAAAGAUCCACCAUUUGAACCAAAGCCAUCAUUGAAGCUAGUGUGUGAUUUCCUAGUUGAUCAGUGUGCCAGACCAUGUCCUAAGGAGAGAUGCCCUAUAUGUCAAAAAAAAGCUCUCCCUGAAGAACCAAAGGAAGCUGUUACAGAACCCACAGAUCAUCAGUAUGUUGAGCGUGUUUACUGCAAUCAUCUAUUUCAUUAUGGAUGUCUGGACAAAUACAUGAAAACACCUCCUUUUCAAGGAGGAAAGAAAUGUCCAGCAUGUAAACAAGUCAUUUAUCAUGAUCGUUGGAAAGUAACACCGAAACUUGCAGAAGAAAGAUGGGCACAUCACGAAGCCAAAAAAAGAGAACUCUCUGAAGUCGUGGACUUCCUAGGAGACUGCCUUUGACAAAAAUUACUGCAAUUCUGCAUGACAAAUGCUGAGCAAAAUUGUUCCAAGAUAACUCAGUGCGGUUCCUCAAGAAUGGUCACGGUCGAUCAACUUACAGAUACAUGUAGAAUACGUUAAACCGGUUUCUUCAAAACCCGGUUGACACUAAUGGUGGAAUAAGCCUAUGAAAAUGUUUGCGCAGCUAUGUCUAUCUUACUUCGAACAAACAAACGCGACCCAUAAGCACUAUUCUAGUAAGACAACAGAAGCUCAGCUAGGUCAGGUGUUAAGAUAGGAAUACAGUAUCAGCGGAUCUCAGUUAUUCUGAAGGUUCAAAAGAAUGGGCUAUUAUAUAACGAAAUAAGACUACAGUCCUACAUGUCCAAUAGUAAGCAUACAGUAUAACCAAGUCUCCCACAACACUAAUUCGUUUGAAAAGAAUCCCUCUCAGUCCCAAACCGAAAGGACUCAAAAUAUCUUUGGACAGACAGGCGCUUUCGUUUUUCUUUCACCCAUCCACGCUACUCGGUUUCCGUUUGGUAACGACUUGAUGCGCUUUCACCUAUCGUCCUCUCUAAAACGCCGAUAUGCAGAUGAAAGCGGCUGUUUUCACUUGUCCACACAAAAAAUGGAGCGUCUCUCGCAGUUGGCUGUCUUUUCUCGUUCUGUUACUGAUCGAUACAGGACUUGACGAAUGACCUGAUGAAAAUUUCUCAUCCUACACGGAGAUGAAACUAUUAACGGUGUGCGACAGGAAUCUUUCCCUCUUCAACGUAGGCCCGUUUCUCGAAAGUCACGGUCACUUCACAGAGCCGGAGUCGUAUUUUAAAAUCUAAAUUUGAAGUAAUAGUGGUGCAUAUCUUAGCUCACAAACCAGUCUCCUAGGUUUUGUUUCCAUAUAGUUUUAUUUCUUAAAAAACUUUCAAGACUCUCAAGAUCCUAAUCCCUAAUGUCAACAUGGCAAACAGCAAAGAGCUUUUCGGGACCAGUAACAAUUGGGACUUUCGAGAAACGGGCUCCGGAUAUGUCUACAUUAUUGCGUAAAGAACUUAUGCAGUUUUGCCUGAACUUUUAAGCUUCGUUAAAUCUGCUCUUCAAUCUUUCGCAGCGUGAAUCUGGUACAUCAUUGCUGAAGUGAAACCGAUGUAUCUGUAUGAGCCAGCUAGGUGUAAAAAUUGAAAUCUAGUCUAAAGUGCUGUUAAUUCGCGAAGGAAGCAUAGUAUAAUGAAUUGAAUUAUCUUGGACUGGAUAAAGUGCGAUGAAAGUAUUUUACAACAAAAAUAAAUUACUA